AAGUACAAAAGAAGAUCUCCCUCUCCUUUUCUGUUGCAAGGAUUCCUUCAAAAGAAACAAUGACUUCGGCCAUUUUGUGAAGAGGCAAAGGCUGAGCAGUUGUGGCCCCGUUUCUGACCUCCAUCAGCAGUCAUCUGUUCCACCUAGUACCGGGGAGUAGGAGAUUCAGAAUCAAAUCUCUUCUCCCUUCGACCUCCGGGUUACAAAUUUCUUGAAACAUAAGUCAGUGGAACUUUGCUUGAGUGAGAAUUUUUUUGAUCUUCAGCUACAUUUCAGCUUUGUGAGGAACCUUAUCAUCAAAGACAAUGGCCAGCAAUGUUACCAACAAGACAGAUCCUCGCUCCAUGAAGUCUCGUGUAUUCAUUGGGAAUCUCAACACUCUUGUGGUCAAGAAAUCUGAUGUGGAGGCUAUCUUCUCAAAAUAUGGUGAAAUUGUGGGUUGCUCUGUUCAUAAGGGCUUCGCCUUUGUUCAAUAUGUUAAUGAGAGAAAUGCCCGGGCUGCAGUGGCAGGAGAGGAUGGCAGAAUGAUUGCUGGCCAGGUUUUAGAUAUUAAUCUGAUUACAGAGCCAAAAGUGAAGCGAGGAAAAGCAGGUGUGAAACGAUCUGCAGCGGAGAUCUAUGGGUCAGUACCAGAACACCCUUCUCUGUCCCCUCUAUGCAGCUCCUCUUUUGACUUGGACUAUGACUUUCAGCGGGAUUAUAAUGAUAGAAUGUACAGUUACCCAGCACGUGUUCCUCCUCCUCCUCCUCCUCCUCUUCCUCCCCCUCCUUCUCCUCCUCGGGCUGUAGUGCCCUCGAAACGCCAGUGUGUAUCAGGAAACACCUCACGAAGGGGCAAAAGUGGCUUCGAUUCUAAGAGUGGACAGCGAGGGUCUUCUUCCAAGUCUGGAAAGUUGAGAGGAGAUGAUCUUCAGGCAGUUAAGAAGAAAUUGACCCAGAUAAAACAAAAAGUGGAUUCUCUACUGAAAAGCCUGAAAAAAAUUGAGAAGAAGCAGAGCAAACAAGGAGUAGAGACGAAGAACAGUAAGUCAGAAGAGGAGCAGAGCAGCAGUUCCCUGAAGAGAGAUGAGACUAAUGUGAAGAUGGAGUCUGAGGGGGGUGCAGAUGACUCUGCUGAGGAGGGGGACCUACUGGAUGAUGAUGCUAAUGAAGAUGGGAGAUGGCCAGCUGCGUUGAUCAAGGAUGAUGAAGAAGAGGCUGAGGAAGGAGAGGAUGACUCUUAAGCACAUAGUGGGGUUUAGAAAUCUUGUCCCAUUAUUUCUUUACCUAGGCUCUUGUCUAAGACCAAAAUUUUUACCAGAUCCUCUCCCCUAGUAUCUUCAGCACAUGCUCACUGUUCUCUCCAUCCUUGUUCCUUCCAUGUUCAUUAAUUCAUAUUGCCCUGUGCCUAGUCCCAUUUUCACUUCCUUUGAUGCUCCUAGUAGUUAAGUCUUACCCUGUAAUUUUUGCUUUUAAUUUUGAUACCUCUUUAUGACAACAAUAAAAAGGAUGUAUGGUUUUUAUCAACUGUCUCCAAAAUAAUCUCUUGUUAUGCAGGGAGUACAGUUCUUUUCAUUCAUGUAUGAGUUCAGUAGUUGCUUCCCUAACUGCAAAGGCAAUCUCAUUAGUUGAGUAGCACCCUGAGAGCAGCUUUGAGUUAGAGGUGUAUGUGUUAACCCCAUGUAUGUAGCAUACGUGGGGCUCUUCAACACAAAUGUAAUGAUGUAUUUUUGUGAAUGAGAGUUAGCAUGUCAAAUGCAUCCUCUAGGAAAAUAAUUAGUGUAGUAGUCUUAAGAUUUGUUUUCUAAAGUUGAUACUGUGGGUUAUUUUUGUGAACAGCCUGA